CACGUGACAGGCCAGGAAAAGGCGGCAGCCAGGCGAAGGCGCUCCGAGAGAGCCCAGAGACAGACGCGGCGGAGAGCGGAGCAAGGAGCGUGUGCGUGAGGGCGUCCCGGCUCCUGAAGUUGGCCGCUUCCUAAUAGGACUCACUUCGAGGAGGAGGAGGAGUAGGCGCCGGGCGGCGUGCGCUUCCGUCCUUCCUUCCUUCUUGCUCUUCUUCAUGGGGAGCUCCCGCUUCGGGUGAGUGGAGUAGAGCAGCCCCGAGAGGAGGAGAGCGAGGGCGGCUCCGCGUCCGAUGACGGCCCCGCUGGGCUCCCCGCCGCUUUAGUGGCUUCCCAUGGGGGACCCGGCCGGCAGCGGCGGCGGCGGCUUCAGGCGGCGGAGGGGCCGGAGAAGGGAGGAAGAGGAACAGCAGCCCCGAUGGAUCCGGAGGCGCCGAAGCUGUCUGUGUGGCUCUGCCAGGAGGAGAAGCUGAUCUCGGGCCUCUCGAAGCGCACCACUUGCGCGGAUGUGGUGCGGGCGCUGCUGGAGGACAGCCGGGCGUCGGCGGGCGGGCGGCGGAGGGCCAAGCGCGGGGCCCCGUCGCAGCAGCAGCCACAGCCGCCAAAGGAGCCCCGGGGCCAGGAGCCGGGCCCGCCCUCGUCCUCGCUGUCGUCCUCGUCCUCCUCGCAGGAGCUGGGCGGCGGGGGCCUGCUCCUCUCGGGUCCGCCGGCCGCGUACUGCCUGGUGGAGAAGUGGCGCGGCUUCGAGCGCAUCCUGCCGGCCAAGACGCGCAUCCUGCGCCUGUGGGCGGCCUGGGGCCCCGAGCAGGAGAACGUGCGCUUCGUGCUGCUCCGGAGCGAGGCCUCCUUGCCCUCCGCCGGGCCCCGCAGCGCCCAGGCCCGGGUGGUGCCCAGUAAGGAGCGGCCCUCGCUCCGCGCCCGGCCUCCCGCCGCCCCGGCCUCCUCCUCCUCCGCCGCCCCCCGCGGGCCCGGCCCGGCCUUGAGCCACGAGCGGCAGCGGCGCCUGGUCCGCAAGGCCUUCCGGAAGCUGGCCAAGCUCAACCGGCGCAAGGGGGGCGCCUCCUCGCCGCCGCUCCGGGCCCCGCCGCCCCCCGAGGAGGGAGAAGAGGAAGGGGAAGACGACGAGGAGGAGGAGGAGGAAGGAGCUUCUCCCGAGUUGCCCCCUCCCCCCGCCCCCUCCUCGCCGGCGGAGCGGAUGGAGACGCUGGUGCACCUGGUCCUCUCGCAGGACCACACCAUCCGGCAGCAGCUCAAGCGCCUCCGCGACCUGGACCGCGAGAUCGACCGCUACGAGGCGCGCACCCACUUGGACCGCAUGCAGCGCCACGGCGUCAACUACGUGCAGGAGACCUACCUGGAGGGCGGCGAGGCCCAGGAGCGGGAGGAAAGAGACGGAGAAGGAGGAGAAGACGCAGAAGCGCUGGCGCUGUACGAGCGUCGGUGCGCGCAGGUGGCGGCGGCGGUGGAGCAGCGCGGGCGGCAGGAGGCGCUGCUGGAGCGCCUGGCCCUCGAGAUCCAGGAGGAGCUCAACCAGCGCUGGAUGCGGCGGAGGAGGGACGAGCUGCGGGCCGCGCGGAGCCUUCCCCAGGACCACGACGACGGCGAGGAGGGCGAGGCGGACGGAGAGACCACCGAGCUGACGGGGGUAGGCGGCGGCGGGGAGCUGCCCGUGGAGCAGGAGCGCCUCCGGACUCAGCUCAGCACCAGCCUCUACAUCGGGCUGCGCCUCAGCACCGACCUGGACGCCGUCAAGGGCCAGCUGGAGGCCACGCGCCGCGCCUGGGAGCGGAAAGAGCGCGAGGCGCAGGCCCUGGCGGACACCCUCCAGGCCUUGGAGGCCCAAGUCUUGGCCGAGGAGGAGGAGGACGAGCGGGAGGAAGAGGAGGAGGAGGACUCCUCGCCGGAGACGCCCGAGGCGUGGGGCCAGGUGGGCGCCCGCACCGUCGGCAAAGCCGGCCCCGAGGAGCGCGACGACGACGGCGAGGACUCCGACACCGGCCUCAGCUCCAUGCACAGCCAGGACUCGGACUCGGUGCCCGUCUGCGAGUCCCUCGUAUAGCCACCCCCCACCCCCCCACACACACAUCCCGGAGUUCCUGCCAAUUCUGCAAAAACCUUGGGACGAGGAAGCACUGCCUCUGCUUCCUCCGCUUCCUCCCUGCUUCCAAAACAACCACCUAUUAGCCUUGCUGGGAUCAAUGGCAGCGGAUUUAUGAUUGCUGUACCCUGGAAGACACCACAGACAUGCCUCUCCCUGGAAGACAUACUCCCCUAGCAAAAGGGCUGCUCCCUCCUCCCUCUCCCCGUAAAUAAAACAAGGAUUUCGUUGUUUAAAAUACAUAUAUACUUCAAGAAAUAGGCACACUGAUUCCAAAAGUGGCACAGGGUUUCCUAGUGAAAUAUCUUCAGGGGACCAAAAUUACCUUGUGUUAUAGCAGACAUGGGCAAACUUGGGCCCUCCAGGUGUUUUGGACUUCAGCUCCACCAUUCCUAACAGCCUCAGGCCCCUUCCGUUUCCACCUCAACCUGAGGCUGGUGGGAGUUGAAGUCCAAAACACCUGGAGGGCCCAAGUUUGUCCAUGCCUGAGUUGUAGCCAUUUCAAGACUUUGGGUCUUAAUUGUGGCUUUGACACUGAAACAUGUUUAAGUGAGCCAGCAGAUCUUUGUUUACUACUUUUUUUAAAGGUGGGAUAGAGCAUUUGCAUUUCACUCCGUUUUGGAAUGCCCUGUUUCCUUAUAUCCCCUUUUGUUUCACAUCAAUAGACUUUUAUUUUUGAAGUUCUAAUCCUUGAAUUCCUCCUUAGAAACUCAAGGCACUAUGUGUUCCUUUUUAGAGUUUGUUUAAUUCGUUCUCUGGCUGAAACAAAACUUGCACCAUCUUGCUUCCAGCCUCUGUCUCCCCCCCCCCCCCCCCCCAUGCAAAGGCAAACUUGCCUAAAAAAUUGUUUAGUCCAAAGAAUGAGAUCGCUCCUCCAAGAAGAAAUCAAAACCACAGAAAACACAGUGUUAAUAUUCUGGGGGAUUACCUGUUAAAAUUUUUGGAAGAGAUUCCAUUCGUGCUCAGAUAGAUUCCAUGUAUGUAUCUUAGAAAGCACACUUGCCUUUGAGAGUAAUAAGAAUUGGGGGAGUAAGUUUCAAAUGCUAAUGACCAUUAAAAGCAGAUGAAAAUUGGACCAAGUCCAAUAAAUAACAAAAAUCUUGGAAAAUUUAUGAUAGAUGCCUGAGAUCUAUAGUAAUUGGCACAAAAAUUGGAAUGCCAUUGGAAAAUCAGACCACAAUACUGACAUGCACUUAUUUUGAAAAUAAUGUAACUUAUGUGUUGUCAAAGGCUUUCAUGACAGGAAUCACAGGGUUUCUGGGAGUUUUUUGGGCUGUAAGGCCAUGUUCCAUAAGCAUUCUGUCUUGAUGUUUCACCGAUAUCUAAGAUAGUCCUCAGAAGUGUGAGGUCUGUUGGAAACUAGGCAAGUGGGGUUUCUAUAUCUAUGGAAAGUCCAGGGUGGAAGAAAGAACUCUGAGGCAAGUGUGAGUGUUCCAAUUGAUCACCUUGAUUAGCAUCUAAUGGCCUUGCAGAUUCAAAACCUGACUGCUUCUUGCCUGAGGGAAUCCUUUGUUGGGAGAUGUUAACUGGCCAUUCACACUUGACUAAAACAGGCAAGAGUUCUUUCUCCCAACCUGGACUUUCCACAAAUAUAUAAACCCUAUUUUCCUAGUUUCCAACAGACCUCACACCUCUGAAGAUGCCUGCCAUAGAUGUGUGGGCAAAAUGUCAGGAGAUAAUGCUUUUGGAACAUGCCCAUACAGCCCGAAAAACUCACAGCAACCCAAUGUAACUUAUAUUCAAGCAGGUACAUAAAGGGUUGUGAGUUAUUGCUUCUGGCAAGGUGAAAUCUGGAAGCAGUAGUGGAGUGUGGCUCUUCUCCAGAAAUCUGGAAAUUGGAGAAGCUUUUUAGUUCUGGCCCAGAAAUACAGAAACAGUAAUGGUUUGUGGUUCUGAUCCAAAAAGUAGAAGUCUGUGGUUCUGAUGUUAGUGGGAUUUGAAUCUGCUCCAGGUUUUGAUUUGAAUUUUAAGGGAACUGUUGUAAGUGCUGAAUCCUAGCAACUCAGAAGGAUCAGCACUUGGACAAGUCCUUCAGUGUCAGCAGGUCAUGGCCCGGCUGACAUUGGUACUAUCUGCAUUCAUUGGAAAUCAUUUAUAAAUCCAGCCAGUCAUUUGUCUAGGCCACAUUAAUCCAUCUGAAGAAAUGUGGAUGUCUUCUGUCCAAGCCACACUUUAGUGCCUUAGUUUCACACUUUUAUGGUUCCAACUCAAGUGAUGUGUGCUUCAAUAGCAGUGCAAUGUACCCCAACAGCUAAUAUUUCUGAGAUAAAAUGUAUUAAAGUUUUGGUAGGUAGGUGCAAUCCAUAAUUCUGAGUAUGAAGGGCAUUCAGGACCUUCAGAUUUUUAAUCCCCAUCCUUUAAAAAUAAUGGCAUUGAGUAAAUUAAUGGAACAUGUUACAUUUAUAUGGGUACUUUUCAUGAGGUCCACAGCACAGGGUUAAACUCCGUGCUUGAACUUGGACAACCUACAUUUUAAAACCCCAGCUCCCAGAAUCACCAUGUCACGGCCAAUACUAAUACUGGCUAGAGAAUCUGGGGAGUAGUAAUCCAACGAGAAGCCUUUGCAAGUUCUCCACCCCCCCCCCCAAUCUAUUUCCUGCAUAGCACAGCUUUCAUUAUAUUCCAAUUUUGAUGAGAGUCAAUGAGAUAGCUAUAAAAAGCUCUAUGUAAUUUGGCUCAGCAGAAAGUAACAGCAAAUGAUGGCAAUAUGCUAACAUCUCUGCCUGUGGUCAUUAGCAAAAUACUUCAGAGAAGUUCAAGGACUUCUUAGCUCUUUGCUUCAAAUAACAGUCCCCAUACCAUACUGUAAGCUGACCUUGAAAUUUCUCCAUUUCAUAAAAAGUUUAGGUAACUGCUCCUUGACAAAAACAGCAAUGUACCUGAAUUUAUUUCUUUGAAACUUGGCAUACAAAAGUUUUGUGACCCAGGCCCAUGGGCAGUGUGUGUCUCAGUUCCAUUGUGCCAGCAUAAUCUGUUUUACUGUUAUAUUCCGAAUGGCAACAGAUGCAUUUUCUGACUGAGGAACUCCAUUUGAUAUCCAUAUUACUUUUGUAGUACUGAAAUGAGUACCUUUACCUUCUAAGAAAGGUGUUUUUCUUCAAAAUUCAGUGGGUCCUUGGGAUCCAUUGGAGUUUGGUUCCAGAACAUCCCCCUCCCAUAAAUACCAAAAUCACGAAUGCUUGAAGUACCAUUAUAUACAAUAGUAUAGUAAAAUGAUGUCCCUUAGAUAAAAGAGCAAAAUCAAGCUUUGCUUUGGGGGAGAGAUAUCUAUCUAGCCAUGGGUGAAGAAUGUUUUUCUUUCUCAUGAAGAACAGAGUUGUGUAUGCCAAACUGCCUGUUCUGCACCCCUACAUUACCUUGCUGCUUUUUGGUAUUUUGUGCCAUUGUCAGUGUAGAAAUAAAUUUCAGCUGCCAGUCCAGAUGAGUUUUGUAUGUUCAAAGGGCAACUAUUUUGUCCUUUGCUUCAGGCAGCAAAACAUCUUGGGUUGGCCUUGAGAUUGACACAGAUACUGUGGACCACUCUGCUUAUUCUGAAGCAGUAGGAUGCCUGGCUCGAACAGUUGUAGCUGUGGACUAGGUUGAGUGUUCACUUGAGGCCACCAUAGUUAGGAGAACAGCUCAUGCUGUUCUAUUUUGAAGUACAUUUCAGAUUGAGGUUUAGAAGAAACUUCUAUACUGACAAAUUUCAAUGGAAUAGCUGCAUUCGUCUACUCCAGUUUAAUCUUUGACACCAACAAGUUAUUUUGGCACAAACUUUAAUAGAUUAUUACCCAAUCCCUCAAAAGCCCUUUAGCCACAUUGAUAAGACUGUCUACGAACAUAAUUAUAUAUCAUUUUUCCUCCAUUCCACCUAAACAUUCUCACCAUAUAUUUUAGCUAAAUGACAGAGCAAUUCUGCAUAAGGCUAGUCUGAAAUCAAAUCUGUGAGGAUUUAGUGCCAGGUAAGUCUGUUGAGGAAUGCGUCCAGAAUCAUUUUUUACCAAGGAAUAUUUGCUGAAAGUGCACAACCUGUGUUUACUGCAAAGAGCUUAACGUGGGCAGCCAGUUCUACAGUUCAGAGAUCAUGGAUUAAAAGAUCAGAUGCAAACAAAAGCAGAGAAGUAAUGCUGCAGGAUUAGUUUUCAAGGGACAGUUCUUUCAUUUUUAUAAAUCAUUGGAAUGGUGCAGGUGUCAGUACUAACUAUACUCAGUUCAUACAAGCCAAGGGCUUCAUUAAUUUCCAUGAAUCACUGCUGAGGCUGGGAUCUUGUUGAUGCUAUGCUGGCGGAGGCAAUGGUGGUGGGAAGAAAAAACAUGAGUGCAGCAACAAUAAAAAGACAUUGGUGAGAAAUCAGGCUGUUGGAAGCUGGCAGAUACAGUGAAUCUUAGGGUUUAAAGAGAUCAUAAGGGCCAUCUAGCCCAACCCUCUGCCAUUGCUUGGUCCUAGAUAAUGCAGACCCAUUAAAAUCCAUGAAUGAGGCGAAUCAACACAUAGAGAAAUCCCAUUGAUUCCAUGGGUCUACUGUUCUUGGGACUAACAAUGGCAUUCAGGCCAUUGUCUGGCUUAUCUCACCGCUCUUGUACAACUCUAGAACACAUUUAGGUGCUGAUGUUUUCCACCAAGAGAAUUCCACUCACAUUUCAAUUCAUGCUGUUCUUAACUUCCUACUAGAGAUUGACUUGAUGGAUUAUAUUAAUACAGUUUUGUAAUACAUUGAGCUUCUCUUAUCCAAAACUCUGAAGUACUCUGAAAUUGUCUGCAUGGGUAGCUGAGAUAGAGGUUUGAUGUACACAAUUAUUAAAAAUGUAUAAAAUUUAUCUUCAAGCUAUGUAUAUAAGGUGUAUAUGAAACAUAAAUGAUCUUUUUGUUUA